AUGAGCCAGCACACGGCACGGGCCUUUUCGGCCACCCUCGCCAGUGACCAUGAAGGUAUGCCUGGCGUGUCCCUCUUCAUGACAUAUUCAGUUGAUAAGUCCACUUUACCGCCAUCGAUACUAGAUAACAUCACCGUCCACUCUGACGAAAACAAGGAAACGGAGCUUAUUGCCAACUCCACCCGUCUCGCAUUUACGCCCACGCUAGGACAAUGGCACGGCUCGGAACGGGAACUGAGUACAGCUGCAGAGCUAUAUUUCACAGAGAUAAUCCGCACUGUUGUUGCCGGGGUUACGCCCUUAACUAUUGUCGUCCCCCUUCUAUUUGAAAAGGGUGUAAUGGUUAGUUCUUACAAUCCUAUUUGCAGCCUGCCUCAAGUGUUAAAGGUGACAGAAGCCACCGAGUUCGCAUUUUCAGCUGUUUGCUUUAUGAGCGGUAAGGCAUAUGACAUGCAUGAUACUAUCUCUACUACCUCUAUGGCAACACCUACAGAGUUAAGCGUUUCAGUUGGGCUCACAGGAGAGGUGGUUUACAAUCCUGCUCCUAGAAAGAUUAGUGCAGCUGUCAAAGAUUGUGCAUCUGGCACCAAUGACUUUCUAACUGAAUACUCAAAGAUGAUGACCUAUCUCUUAAGCUACGUGUCACAUAACUCUAGCAUUUCCGCGAUUGCAAUCCACGUUCAUUUGGACGGACUACCACACAUCCUGGUCAAAAGCGUACCAUGUAGAAUGAAUAUUUCGUUUAUAUCCCCUAUUUUUAGGUCUGGAGACUCCUUCUGGGAAGAAAAUCUAUCUACAGACUUUCCUGCCGAUGAUAUUGAAAGAGCAUCGAAGCGUUACGACCUCGGAAGCAUGAGUGUACUAGACAACCUUGCGUUGGCAUGCUAUGUUAACUAUGGACGCUUGUUUUUUAGCUCUAAAUCAGCUCCUGACACUCUUCCAACCUGCGCAUAUCAGCAAUACGCAGCGUGGACGCUUUCACGGAUCCCAUCUCUGGACUUCCAUAGGGACCAAGGUUGUAGCACCUCUGAAUCCACUAAUACACAGCUCAUUACUAGGACUGACCAUUCUAAUGCAGGUGGUCUUGUCGACCCAUGCUCAGAUGUGCUAAAAAUAUGGCAGAAUGCAGGCAACAGUGCAGGAAAGUCGAGAGAUUAUAGCUACAAUUCUACCAGAUGGAGGCAGAUAGAUAAGGAGUUCGUCUUGAAGUCUUUUUCCCUACAGGAUUACAUUUCAACAAAAACACUAUCUGCGCUUGCGAAAGUGCUACACGAGCAUCUCUUUCUUCGAACCUCUCGUGUCCUUGCGUGGGUUGCUCUGCCAUCCGAAUUCCUCUUUACCAAGGCCUCUGCCAUUGCUAUGUUUAGUUUUGUUGCUGGAAUCCAGCGAGGAUACUGUGUCCAGAGGCCUACGUAUUUAACUCGUGAGGCAGAGCUAGCUGAUAGAAUUCGCUACGUCCUAAACGAACUGCACACCCUUGAAACCAUGACAAGGAAGAGCAAUCCACUAAAUCAGAACUCCGAAUCAGACUUUGAAUCAUGUCCGAGCCGCGCAGUUCUCUACUCAAAUAUUCCCAAUCCAGAGGUCCGUAAAUUGCUCGAGCAAAAAGAUAACCUUAUCGAUAAACUAGAAGAUUGUAUCAAAGCGUUGGAAAGCGACAAUGCUCAGCUUCGGCAGGAUAUUUUGGCGUCCAAUAACAACAAGGAUCAACCAUCCUCGUUCUUUGACUCAAUUUUUGUUGAAGAUAGCUCCAUGUUGGCUCACGAAAAGAACGAUCUCGUGAAUGAUAUAGACACAGAGCUAAAGAAUCUCAUGGAGCAGCAUCUGCUCAACAAGCAGCAACUGAACGACCUCCAGAAGUUGGCAGCAGGAGAAGGAUCAGCUCAGCUACUAGAGAAACUUCAAGGAGAGGUAAACGCAGCAAACGCCAAGAUAAAGCUUCUAGAGACAGAACUACGUAAUUCUCAGACAGCACUAUACGCCGAGCAGGACUCGUGCUCUCGCCUUAAAAGAGAGACGGAAGACUUGGUGGCCCAACUAGAGCGCGCCGGACGCCUAGCGCUUGUUACCUCGCCGACAAAAAGCACUAGAGUAGGGUCACAGUUACCACCAGUACUUCCACAGAUCAUUGUACCCUCAGCCGCAAACUACACAGAGGAUGACGUCCGGAGUAUAAGACAAGAGUAUGAAAACAAAAUCUACGGUCUUAAAGAGCAACGCCUUAUGGAUAUGGCUGCUCACAGAGCUGAGGUGGAUGCUCUCAAGAAAGCGCAUGCUGAUCAGCUUGAGUCCUUCAGACAAGCCGUGAAGAACAGAUAUGCAAAAGAAAGGGACAGAGAAUAUGCCAAGAUGAAGAAGCAGCUAGAGAGCGACUAUAUGCUGAAGCUUAAAGAAAUAAAGCUGAAGGUCAAAGAGGCGAUGCUUGGAGGUGUGAACAUGUGA